UAACAGCUCCUGCUUCACCCCGAAUUCGCCAGCCUGUCCACAAUUGCGCCUUUGCAGAUACCGAUGAGUUCGACAUUCGCCGUUACCUCCUUUCCCUGCCCCCGGUGAACGUGCAGCUGUUCGAGUCGCAGACUUUGUUUCUGCGCCGGACACCGUUCUUUGAGGUGUGAUUACAGAAGCCUCAGGACAGCCGCAAUAUAAUAUUACCGCAACAAUGGCUAUUGCGCCAGCUCAGCCAGGGACGGGCGCAAACCCUCUCGGCGCGCCAGAUCCGACGACAUUCCAGAAAGUGAGGGAAGUCUUUGCGCAACCGGUGCUUGCUUCCUUUGUAGCUGGAGGUAUUGCCGGCGCCGUCUCUCGAACCGUCGUUUCGCCCCUCGAGCGUCUCAAGAUUUUAUUCCAAGUCCAGAGCGUCGGCCGCGAAGAAUACAAGAUGUCAGUACCAAAAGCAUUGGCAAAGAUGUGGAGGGAAGAAGGCUGGAGAGGGUUUAUGGCCGGUAAUGGAACCAAUUGCAUACGGAUCGUGCCCUACUCUGCUGUGCAGUUUAGCGCAUACAACGUCUACAAGAGAUUCUUCGAAAGCGAACCAGGCGCCUCACUGGGCGCAUACCAGCGACUGUUCUGUGGUGGCCUCGCCGGUAUCACCUCAGUAUCCUUCACAUACCCCCUCGACAUCGUGCGCACACGGUUAUCGAUCCAGUCCGCAUCGUUCUCGAGUCUUCAAAGAGAAGAAGGCAAGAAACUACCGGGCAUGUGGACGCUUUUGGCCAACAUGUACAAGACCGAAGGAGGACUCCCUGCACUGUACCGCGGAAUCAUCCCCACUAUAGCGGGUGUAGCACCAUACGUCGGUCUGAACUUCAUGGUCUACGAGAUCGCGCGCACACAAUUCACGCCCGAAGGCGCAAAAGACCCCAGCGCUAUCGGCAAGCUGGGCGCAGGUGCUGUCUCUGGGGCUGUAGCGCAGACCAUCACAUAUCCCUUCGACGUCCUGCGACGACGAUUUCAAAUCAAUACCAUGAGCGGCAUGGGCUACAAAUACGCAGGAAUCGGCGACGCGAUAAAACAGAUCGUCAUGACAGAAGGCUUCAGAGGGCUGUACAAGGGUAUUGUGCCAAAUCUGCUCAAGGUCGCGCCUAGCAUGGCGAGUAGCUGGCUCAGCUUCGAGAUGACAAGAGAUAUGCUUAUGGGCAAAUGGAACUCGGGAUUUUUAUAGAAAGCAUCACAACCGGCCUUUUGCACCCAGUAUCUCCCCUUCCAGCAGAGACCAGCACAGAAAGCGCCGCUCUCGCCGAGACGCGGGAUUCGACAUGGUCCAGAACCAGCGAAACGGGUGCGCAAGGAAUGCAUAUACACUUUUGCAUGGGACGGAAAUGGAGGGAAC